UCAGUCUUCAUGGACCCAUUUUUAAUUUUAAUUUUUGGCUUUUUCUUUACUGUUCUGUGUGUGACUGUGAGAGGAGGUUCCCUCCAUUGCAAACCAAUCUUUCAAUCUAGCUUUCGUUGGUCCUCUCUGCCACAUUCUUUACACAACCCCACCAAAUCAUUUCACCCACUAUCUGCUUUUCUCAAAUCUGAACUCACCCCCACCCCCACCCCUCUUCCCGCUAUACAUGUUGGUGUAUAUGUAUGUAUGUAGUAUGUAUCUUUCUCUAUCUAGUAUCUACCCAACAAGAUUAGACUUUUGUCUGGCCUUGUAACCUUGUUUGAGGAAAUGUGUUGUUUUUCCUCGAUUUUCUCUCACCCAGACUAGCCCCCACUUCUUUCUUCUGCUUCUAAACUACUCCGUGAAAUAGUACACUUGCUCUUGGGCUUUUGGUGGCCUCUUUCUGUAUUCUAUUCCAACUCUGCAUUGCCAUUGCCAUAUCUAUCUCUAUCUAUGCUCAUUGCCCUCUUUGGGUUCUCAAGGAAGAAGAAAGGGAGGGGGGGGGGGGGGGGGGGUAGGUUUCUUCCUUCUUUCUUGAAUUCCAGAUCAGUAUAGAGGAGGGCAAUUGACUAAACCUGAGAUCUGAAUUUUCUUUCUCCUAUACAAUUUGCUAGAAAUGUCAACUGGGAGCUUAAAUGCUGAAUUGUCGGAGAAAACAUCAUUGUUUGGGAUGAAACUAUGGGUUGUGAUUGGUAUCUGUUUUGGUGUGUUCAUUGUUGGGAUUCUGUGUCUUUUGUCUGUAUGGGUCACAUUUCGGAGAAAAUCUAGGAAAACAGCUGAAAAGAAUUCACCUUGUGAAAUACCCAAUGUUUCCAAGGAUAUCAAGGUUGACAUAAUUAGUGCUCCGAGUGAUAACGAUCGUCCUGAAACUUUGUUUCUAACCAUUCGUGAUAAAUCGAGCGAGAGGAAUUCGGAGAAAAUGGUAGUUCAUUUAGGCAAGAGUAAAUCGAGCGAUGCUGAUAUGAUUAGUCAAUGCAGCUCGCUUUACAAUAAUGAAAUUGGAUGUAGUUCAGUGUCGGGGGAGGAUGGUGGUUCGGGAACUGUCCCGAAACAAUCUACACAUGGACUUUCUAUGGCGUCCCCUUUGAUUGGUUUGCCGGAGCUCUCACACCUUGGUUGGGGUCACUGGUUCACGCUUAGAGAUCUCGAGCUUGCAACAAAUAGUUUCUCGUCGGAGAAUGUGGUUGGAGAAGGUGGCUAUGGAGUUGUUUACAAAGCUACAUUGAGCAAUGGGACUGAGGUAGCAGUAAAGAAGCUCCUAAAUAAUCUUGGCCAAGCAGAGAAAGAAUUCAGAUCCGAAGUGGAGGCAAUUGGCCAUGUUCGCCACAAGAAUCUUGUGCGCCUUCUUGGCUUUUGCAUAGAAGGCGUUCACAGGAUGCUGGUGUACGAAUAUGUUAAUAAUGGCAAUUUGGAGCAGUGGCUUCAUGGCGCUAUGAGACAGCAUGGCGCACUUACUUGGGAAGCCCGUAUGAAGGUUCUUCUUGGUACUGCAAAGGCGCUUGCGUACCUACAUGAGGCUAUAGAACCGAAAGUUGUACACCGAGACAUAAAAUCCAGUAAUAUCCUGAUCGAUGAUCAAUUUAAUGCCGAAGUUUCUGACUUUGGACUGGCGAAACUCUUGGACUCGGAAGAAAGUCACAUAACAACGAGAGUAAUGGGCACCUUUGGUUAUGUGGCUCCAGAAUAUGCGAAUACUGGGUUGUUGAAUGAAAAGAGCGAUGUUUACAGUUUCGGUGUCUUGCUGCUUGAAACAGUCACGGGAAGAGACCCCGUUGAUUAUCACCGUCCUGUUAGUGAGGUCAAUCUUGUUGAGUGGCUCAAAACGAUGGUUGUGAAUCGGAGAGCCGAGGAAGCUGUGGAUGCUGGCCUUGAAGUCAAGCCCAGUACUCGUGUUUUGAAACGGGUACUUCUGGUGGCACUUAGAUGUGUCGAUACUGACUCAAAACGGCGGCCUAAAAUGAGUCAUGUUGUUCAAAUGCUGGAUAGCGACGAAUUCCUUCAUCGCGAGGAACGCAGAAAAAGUAGAACAACAAGCAUGGAAAUUGAACCCGUGAAGGAGAGUUGCAGUUCAGUUGAUGCAGAAAGCAGGGUAAAGCAAUCAACAGAUACAUCUGAGACAAUUCAUAAUAGGAACUGACAAACACAUGACUCGAGUCUCCGGUGGAUAAAAUUCAGAUCUUCAAGUUUUGCUUCCCGGAACAAACGAUUCCUGCCUGGCAUAGAGUAACUGAAUCGAUGAUAGCCCACUUUAAAUUCCCAUCUAGCCGGGGAGGGAGAGAUUGAUGGUCCACAAAUAUGCUCCGAGGACCUCGUGCUAUCACUCGAACUAAGAAUGGUCAUCAUCGAUCCUCUGUCGGUUUUCUAAAUUUUCACUGAAUCACCAGGCCAAUUAGUUCUGUCUCAAACUGGUUUCACUACCUUCUCUAUAAAGACUGCAGAUCCAUUAGCAUUUUGUUGGAACAGUUAUGAAAGAAUGAAAUAUGAUUCAUUUCCUGUGAA